GGCCACCGUCCCAUCCCAUCCCAUCCCACCACCUUCCUCCUCUGCCCCCGCCCAGCGCGUUCCAUUUUGAAGCAGGAAACAGCAGCGCGCACAUCUCACUGUCCCUGGUUCGUCGUCCGACGAGGAAGAGGCGAGGGUGAUGGAGCGGCGGAGGGCUGCGUGGGCCGCGGUGCUGGUGGCGGUGGCCGCGUGCGCGGCGCUGCCGGCGACGACGACGGCGAACAAGAUCAAAGUCAACUGGCUGCCCAACACCAACUACUCCGGCUGGGAGCAGGAGCACGGGCCCUUCUACAAGGGCGACUGGCUCGUGUUCUACUACACGGCGGGGCAGGCGGACGUGGUGGAGGUGAACGAGUCCGGGUACAACCGGUGCGACGCCAGCAACGCCAUCUACAACUACAGCAAGGGCCGCAGCUUCGCCUUCGAGCUCAACGAGACCAAGACCUACUACUUCAUCUGCAGCUUCGGCUACUGCCCCGGCGGGAUGCGGCUGGCCAUCAAGUCCCAGAACCUGCCGCCGCCGUCGCCGCCGCCCUCCGCGCAGCACCACCGCUCCGCCGCGCUCGCCGGGCCGCGCGCCGGGGUCGCCCUCUACGCCGCCGUCGCCGUCCUCGCCGCGCUCCUCAGGGCGGUCUAGUGUAGCCGGUCUGGCGCUGGUUCUGAGCUCGUUUGUUUGAUGGAUUGGCUCGAAGUUUCCCCAUUUCUUCAUUUCUUUGGUGCGUGUGUGCUAGGAUAGCAGAGUGGUAGUGCCACGGGCGGGCGUUCUUGGUUGAUUAUUAGCGGUGUGGAUUUGCGGAACCAAAUGGUUACCGGCGCUUUGAUUUAUCAAGUGUGAGGAGUGCACUGGACUGGAGAGGAGAAACUGUUUCUAUGCUAAUGAUGAUUUGUUUUGCUC